GGGAGCGCCCGUCACUCCGGGGAAUGGCUGCGUCGCCGCCCCCAGGGGGCAGGUGUCUGCGGGGGCACCAGGGCCGCGCUGCUACCAUGGAGCGUCUUGGCGCCUCGGGUGGUGGCUGCGGCGGCCGGCCGCCGCGAGGUGCGGGGCCGUGCCCAAGGGCGGACCGAAUGAGCCGGGUGGAACGCGGCCUGGGCCCGUGUCACGCCUCCAGGCGGCACUUUUGAAACAGUAUUUUACUUCCUGAUACGGAUCCGGGUUUGAGCAGGACUUUCCCCCUUUGGGUUUUUUGAUUUGAGGGUAGCGGUCCUGGACGCACCGUGAUGCCUGUUAGAAAUACAGACUUUCGGGUUCUGGGGGCCGUCACGUGCGCUCUUGCUCAUUUAGAAAGCAGCCACCCUCGUUUGAAUGCAAGUAUCACUCAGGAAGUGAUUCCUGCCGCGGGGCCCCUGGGUCCUUCCUGCACAGGCUGCACGCAGGCCUUGUAACCAAAGGGAAGUGAAGGCUUAGGCAGGUGCAGAAACCAGGGGGGAGGAGCAGAGGCCCCGGUGCAGGCCUGUGCUGACUCUGGAGCCUGUGCUCUGAGCCAUGGGUGUGACCCCACCACCUUCCUGAUGCCCCGCGGGCUUCGGUUCCGCCGGAGAGUCUGGGUGGUGAGCAUAACCAGUGGCCUCUGUCAGGUCUCGGGCUGGGCUUCUCACCGCUGGAGGAACCUGAAAACAGCGUGUCCUGGGAGAAGAAAACCAAAAUGCAGGUUCCUUGGGUCUUUGGCCGGGAUCCUGCCACAUCGCAGCCGGGUGCCCGUGGCCGGCUGGUGACCCAAGAGCAGUUUCGUGGAGCUGGGUCGUUGAGACAGGGAGAACCCGUGGCCUGACUGCAUUUACUUGGUGGCAGUGGCAGUCGAAGCUGAGCCGCUGGGGGUGGUGGAGACCCCAUGACCAAGGAGGCCCUGUGGCUGGAAGGUGGGGCUGUCUUCCUGAAGGGUCUGUUGGUCCUUCUGGACCCAGAGGUGUCCAGGAGGAUGACACACAGUCAUCUGCCCUGGAUAGAGGUAAAUCCACUUGGACGUUUGUGGGUGCGGUGCUGCCCCCCACCCGUGAUGUCCCUCCGGCGCCUGCUCUGUGCUGCGGCCUCCCGGCGGCCGCCUCCCGUGAGAUGCAGACGAGGCAGCCCCCUGCACACGGCCCCGGCGGCCUGUUCGGACAGGAGUGCCCCCGUGUUCAGCCGGGCCCUGGCCUUCGGGGACCGGAUUGCCCUCGUUGACCAGCACGGCCACCACACGUACAAGGACCUCUACCACCACAGCCUCCGCCUGUCCCGGGAGCUGUGCCGGCUCCUCGGGUGUGCCGGCGGGGACCUCCAGGAGGAGAGGGUCUCCUUCAUGUGCUCCAACGACGUCUCCUACGUGGUCGCGCAGUGGGCCUCGUGGAUGAGCGGGGGCGUCGCUGUCCCCCUCUACAGGAAGCACCCGCAGGCCGAGCUGGAGUAUGUCAUCCGGGACUCCCGGAGCGCCGUGGUCCUUGCUGGCCGGGAGUACGUGGAGCUGCUGGGCCCGGUGGUCGGGAGGCUGGGGGUCCCACUGCUGCCCCUCCCGCCCACGGUCUACGGUGCGGCGGCCGAGGCGCCCGGGGAGUGGCGGGUGCCGGAGCAGAACUGGAGAGACCGAGGCGCCAUGAUCAUCUACACCAGCGGGACCACAGGGAGGCCCAAGGGCGUCCUGAGCACUCAUGACAACAUCAGGGCCAUGGUGUUGGGGCUGGUCCACAAGUGGGCGUGGACUAAGGACGACGUGAUCCUCCACAGUCUCCCGCUCCACCACGUGCACGGCGUGGUCAACAAGCUGCUGUGUCCCCUCUGGGUGGGCGCCACCUGUGUGAUGCUGCCUGAGUUCAGCGCAGAGCUGGUUUGGGAAAAGCUCUUAAGUUCUGAAGCUCCACGAAUUAACGUAUUUAUGGCGGUGCCUACAAUAUAUGCCAAGUUGAUGGAUUAUCAUGACAAACAUUUCACUCAGCCUCACGUCCAGGAUUUUGUACGUGCUGUCUGUGAGGAGAAAAUUAGGUUGAUGGUUUCGGGGUCCGCCGCCCUGCCCCUGCCUGUGCUGGAGAAGUGGCAAAGGGUCACCGGCCACACUUUGCUGGAGCGCUAUGGGAUGACGGAGAUCGGCAUGGCCCUGUCCAACCCCCUGACCACGGCUCGCACGCCAGGUUCCGUGGGGACCCCGCUGCCAGGUGUGGAGGUACGCAUUGUCUCAGAAAACCCCAAGAAGGAGGGCUAUCCCUACGUGCUCCACGCGGAAGGAAAUGAGAAGGAGACAAAGGUGACCCCAGGGUUCACGGAGAAGGAAGGAGAGCUCUUGGUCAGGGGGCCGUCCGUGUUCCGUGAAUACUGGGACAAACCAGAAGAAACCAGAAACGCCUUCACCUGCGACGGCUGGUUCAAGACAGGCGACACAGCCGUGUUCAAGGACGGCAGGUACUGGAUCCGGGGUCGCACGUCCGUAGACAUCAUCAAGAGCGGUGGCUACAAGAUCAGCGCCCUGGAGGUGGAGCGGCUCCUGCUGGCGCACCCCAGCAUCACAGAUGUGGCUGUGAUUGGAGUUCCAGACAUGACAUGGGGCCAGCGGGUCACCGCAGUGGUGACCCUUCAGGAGGGACACUCACUGUCCCACAGGGAGCUCAAAGAAUGGGCAAGGGGCGUCCUGGCCCCGUACGCCGUGCCCUCUGAGCUGCUGCUGGUGGAGGAGAUCCCACGGAACCAGAUGGGGAAGAUCAACAAGAGAGAUCUCAUCAGGCAGUUCUACCCGAGUGACCAGGGUGCCCCGAGGCCGGGCACCGGUGAGCCAGCGUCCCCUGUAAACUAGAACCCCCCAGAUCAGAGGGAACAGUGCCGGGGCUAGCAGAAAUGAGAUCACAGUGCUGAUUUUCAGAUCCGACGUGACCCCCUGUCGCCUCUGCUGCGUCCUCACGGCCACACCCACACCGAGCGUGGCUCCCUGUGCUGCCGUCUGCUGGGCGGGUCCCCGCAGCGUCCAGCGGCACGCCCCAGGGCAGCAGGCCUCCAAGCAAAAUUCAGUAAAGUCUGUGCAAAGACAA